AUGGCAGAUAUCCCCUAUUUUAAAGACGAAUGCAUUGUGUGUAAUGCUCAAUUUUGCUCGUUGUAUAAUUCUCCUGCCUCCGUCAGUCAUGACAAACCGUGGGUCACGGAUAGUAUUACAUUACUGCGGUCUGGUCUGAGUAGAAUUCUCUUAGUUUCCAUGUGGCGUGCACAGAUUGCUAUGACUCCAACUCAAAAAGAGAAGUUAAGACAACAACAGGAAGAAUUGGACGAUUGGGAUACGGACCCUGAUUUUAUCAAUGAUGUAAAUGAAAAAGAGAGUCGCUGGGGUGCCAAAACUGUUGAUGGAUCUGGCCAUCAGGAAUCAGUUUCAUUAGAUCAGUUACGUAAAGAAGUAAUUGAAAGCGACAACUUGAUAAGGGCCAAAAAAGCAGCAGAAAUGCCAAAAGCAAGUGAAGGGUAUGGUGGGAAAUUUGGUGUGCAGAAGGAUCGUAUGGAUAAGUGUGCUAAAACGUGGGAAUACGCUGGAAAAGUAGACAAACAUGCAUCACAGAGAGAUUACUCUAAAGGUUUUGGUGGAAAAUAUGGCGUUGAAUUGGACCGAAAGGAUAAAAGUGCUCUUGGUUGGGAUGAAAAGACGGUUCUUUCUAAGCAUGCAAGUCAAAAAGACUAUGUAAAAGGUUUUGGUGGGAAAUAUGGAGUUGAGACUAACAGAAAAGAUAAAAGUGCGCUUGGUUGGGACGAACAGGAGAAACUUCCACAACAUGAGAGCCAAACAGAUUACAAGAAAGGUUUCGGCGGAAAAUUCGGUAUUCAAGAAGACCGCAGAGAUAAAUGUGCACAUGGCUGGGAGGAACGUGAAAAGCUGCAACAGCAUGAAAGCCAAAUAGAUUACAAAAAAGGGUUUGGUGGUAAAUUUGGUAUUCAGGAAGAUCGUAAAGAUAAGAGUGCAGUUGGCUGGGAUGAGCAUGGAAAAUUGGCAACACAUCAAAGUCAAGUAGAAGAACAAGUACCGAGAGGGAACGCUUUGCCUGUUGCACCAAAAGGAAGGGCUUUAAAUUUACGUGCUAAAUUUGAACAACUUUCAGUUGCUGAGAGUGGCGAAAAGGUGCAGCAAGAACGUGAACGUCGAAAACGAGAAGAUGAAGAGCUGCGUAAACAGCAGCAAAAAGAAGAGGAAGAAAGACAGAAAAAAAUUGCUGAAGAAUGGAAGCGACGCGAAGAGCUAGAACAACAGAUGGAUCCAGAAGCAAUUCGAGAAGAAAUACGACAGCAUGAGCAGUUGCAUCAUACUGGAGGUGCUCCUAAACGGCAUUCUCGUGCUCCAGCUGGUGCCGUAGCAAUAAUGCCUGGAAUAGCAGGGUCGCCUUCUAAACGCGAAAAUUCUGUUGAGCCGCACAUAUUGUCUGAAGCACAAAAUGUUUCCUCUGUAUCGGAAAAAUCUACACCACAGUUGGUCAAAUUGCCACUUUUCAAUCCUUCACCUAAUAAAACUUUCAGUGGUGUGGAACGUUAUGCUCCACAUAACGAUGGUAGGAAUGAAGAUGUUCUGAACUGGGAUAAUGAAAUACGGAGCAACUUUACACCCUUAUCAGUUCACUCAGAGACAGAAAUGUUAGCAAUAGAAGAAAGAAUGUUAAUUGGAAACAGGUACGAUGUGGUACCGGGAGAUGACUUAGUACCACCACCAGCACCUAAAGCACAAUUACUGGAUAUGACUAUUGCGCAUGAUGAAAUACAAGACGAGUCGCCUAUAAAGAGAGAACAGUCGAAAAUAGCAACGGUAAGUGACCCACUUUCGUCACCAACGCAUCCGCUUAGUUCUGCAGGUCUUACAGCUGUUGCCAUUUAUGAUUAUCAGAAACAGGAUGAUGACGAAAUCAGCUUUGACCCUGAUGAUAUCAUUACCAACAUUGAUCAGGUUGAUGCUGGUUGGUGGCGUGGACUUUGUAACGGGCAGUACGGUUUGUUUCCAGCAAAUUAUGUCGAACUACGAUAAAAACUGUUUCGUUGUAAUGUACUAUUAGCUUGAUUUUCUUCUGUGUUUUUCUAACUCCCCAUAGACACAUGUACUCUUUGAAUAUUUGCUAAGGAUGUG